AUGUCUGUGUCCAUCCCCACCCACCCGUGUGUCCCAGCAGCCCCCAUCACCUUCCAAGCCCACCUGCGGGACCACCCGGACCUGCCGCGGUGGCUGCGGUACCUCCAGCGGGACCCCUACCAGCCCGGCUACCUGUAUGGCUGCCCCACAGCCAGCGAGGUGGGCACCCACACCAUCGAGGUGCUGGCCUACAACCGCCGCACCUACGCCACGGUGUCCCAGCGCCUCGUCAUCACCGUCAUCCCCGCCCCAGGUGGGGAGCCCCCGUACCAGGGCGAGUUCCUGGUGGGGAACAGGAAUGUGGAGGAGCUGCUGCCGGAGGCCGCGCGGGAGAUGUUCCUGCAGGGCUCGGCCGGAGUCUGGGAGCGCGGAGACCUCCAGGUCAUCAACGUCACCUCCGCCCUGGACCGGGGCGGCCGCAUCCCACUGCCCAUCGAGGGGCGCAAGGAGGGGGUGUACGUGAAGGUGGGCUCCCACAGCCCCUUCUCCCCGUGCCUGGAGUCGGCCGUGUCCCCCCAGAGCCGCUUCCGCUGCAGCCUGGGCCAGCAGCCCCUCGCCUCCUGCUACGACACCUUUGCCCCCCACUUCUCCAUCCGCUGGUGCAACCUCACCCUGCUGCGGGUCUGGCCCAGCCCCACGACUCCAGGGCCGGUUUGGGGGUCCGGGGUGCUGGAGGAGGAUGGGGAUUUCCAGCCCCCCACCGAGGUGCCCCCCCAGGACCUGCUGCCGGGGUUCCUGGUGACACUGCUGGUGCCACUGGUGGUGGCUGCGCUGCUCUGUCUGCUCCUGGGCCACCUCAUGUGCUGCCGCAGGGAGGGAGUGCAAAAACGGGACUUGCAGACGUCUGACAUCCAGCUGGUCCACCACACCACCAUCCACGGGGACACGGAGGAGCUGCGGCACAUGGCCGGGAGCCGGGAUGUGAUCCGGGAUGUGCCCCGGCCCCUUUCCACGCUGCCCAUGUUCAACAUCCGCACGGGCCAGCGCAUCAACCCCAUGCCCAGCCCCCGGGAUGGGGCCCGUGUGCCCCUCCUCCCUCAGUGAGGGGCACCCAGGAGCAGACGCUGGAUAGAAAACCGACACAAAUUCAAGUCCAUGUGA